AUGAUGAACAUGUACGAGAUCACGGACAGGGUCGAGCGCAUGCUGCUGCGACGCCAGAAGCUGCCCCCGGCGGGGACCAAGCGCAAGAUCCCGGAGCCGCCCGCGUGCCCUCCGCUCAGCUCGAUAUGGACGACGAGCCCUGGAGAGAUCGAGGAGAGGGCCGAGAUGUUCCACGCGUACAUGAGCACCGUACGGGGGAACAUCCGGAAGCUUAAGGAGGCCUUUGCGCAGGACGACGACGUGGAGCAGGCAGAUUAA